GCAGCACCAGCGCUGGACGUCAUUUUUUGCCCGGAACAAGUCCCUCGUGGGCGAGCGCCCGCCGUCGAUCAUGACUGUCCUGCCACUGCAACUAUUUCCGCCGGUGAUCGUACAAUAGAGUUAUUUUCGGCGACAGACUGUACAACCGCCAGCAUUCAUCUCUAAUUAGCCGUAAAAAGGUCGCUGAAAAGAAAGCUCGUGCGCACGAUGGUCCUCCAACGGCUCGUGUCGUCCCUGCUAUCGACGCUGCACUCGCGUCGGUCGAGCAUCUACUCGCCCAGCCAGUCGGAGAAGACACAUACGAUCGAGCACAGCGCCAAAGUGCCUCAGCGGACAGUGCUCUUGCGACUCGGUCUCAAUACAUCCGAGUUCAGCCUCGUCGCCGUCCUUAUCACAUCGAUCCUCAUCUUGUACUCGAAUGGACUAUGGAACCGACACUCGACAACGACGUCGCCAGCGUUUGCGCGCGAUUGGUUGCUUCUUGAAGCCAAGUGCGUCCUCACAUCUGCCGGUUUUGACACGGCGACGUGUCCUCGAACACGGGCCAUGACGGACGUCAUGCACAGUGUCGCGCAGACACUCGUGCAGCAACUGCCGUCAGCAUCCGUCCAUGUCACGACGUGCGUCAUGGGCGCGGAUGUUGGGUUUGGCGCCAUUCUUCUACUUUUGUCUCCACUAUCGGCGCCACCCGUGUCCUGCACCCCAUCGUCCGUGGUAUCGUCCGUCCUGGGGCUCGCGCUUCUCGAGACUGCAAUGAAUUAUUCCUCACCCGUCUUUUUACUCUCGAGCUACAUGGACGCGCCUCAAAGCGCGAUCGAAACCCGCGUCGACUCGUCCGGUAAGCUCACAUCCGUGUCUGGGAGCGUCAUCAAGACGCUUCUCGCGUCCGAUGGCAAGACAGCCCCUUGGCGCACAAGCUUUAACCACUCGACAUGGGCGUUUGCGUCGCAGCCGAUUGGUGCGCGGUACGAGUGCACGUACGGCUGUGUGGCCGAAGUGCUUGUAGCACCAAGUGCACUAAAUGAUGGCGCUGUCACCUACAAAGGAAUCGCUUCGUCGUCGCUCCUCGGUGUCGGCUGGACCUGCUCGCACACGGUGUCCAACUAUAUGGACUUUGUCGUCUUGCAGCCGAUACUGGUGCUCGUGGUCUUGCACUUGGUGAAUGGCGAUUUCUUUACAACGCUCUUGGGCUGGUCCGGCGUCCUCAGUCGCAAGCCCGUGCUCACGUACGACUUUGUGUCGAGCAUGGAGCGCCGACGCCUCGCGCUGUUCUUUCUUACGAUUGUGCGCAUCCCUUCGCUCGGGUACGUCGAAGUCACGCGGCUGUACUUGGAGACAACGGGCCACUUUAACGUCCACUGCGUCGCCGUGCUCAUGGUGAGUGGGUUUCCCGUCUUUCUUGUCUACUGGGCCAUCAUCCUUCUGCAACGGGUGCCCGCACCGCGCUGGUGCCACGGCCGUGCGAUCCGCGUCGUGUCGCCGCUCCUACUGCUCGGCACGAUGAUCUCGAGCGUCAUUGCGACGUGCAACUUUGAAAACGUCCGCGCGACACUCCAAGACCCGCUGUGGCGCCGACUCCCGGCGGCCGACGUCGCCGUGCACCUUCCCAACACGACUCGGGCCUUUGCACUUGGCGCGUUUGCUACCUUGGAGGUCCCGACAGCGGUCUCGCUCUUGCAACCCACGGUGUUGAAUUGCCUCUUUGGAACACUGGCCAUUAGCAUUGUACUUCCGAUGCUACUGCAGCGCCGUGUGUUGUUGGACUUGCGCUACUUUGCGCGAAAUGACUUCUUGGCGACGCAGUUCAUACCGUCGUUUGUGACGGUCCUGCCACUGUACGAAAACGACUGCAUCAAGUACGGCACCAAGCUCUUUGUGAAGCCCAGCACGAUCGCCAUGCUCGGCUACGCCAUGAUCAAGGAAGCGCCCGUGACGCACAAGAUUGCAGUCAUCGCCCAGGAUGUGCCUGGCAGUGCGCGCGACGCAGCCGCCAAUGCAAGCUCGAACGUCAUUGCGAUCGUGUCGGUAUACGACCUCAUGCCGUCGUUGCUGCCGCACGCGCUCUUGCCACCGCACAUUGUAGCGUGGAUCGACAACUACCACUUCAAACCCGCCCCGGCACACACCACGCUCGGUAAAUCGACCACGUAUCGCCCAACAAAAGGCUCAUGCGUGAGCUAACAAGUGUCCAUAACCAAACAUAUGGGUAUGCAUGUUGCAGUCUGCUAGGUUGUCUUAUGUACCAAUACGGUCAACCCGCCUGCGAAUUCAACCCACUCAAAUAUCGAACCCACUCAAAUAUCGAACCCAC